AAAGAGUUCUGCACACCCACCACUUGCCCAGUUAUGAAGGCUGGAAGAUAUGAGUAUCGAUGGGCAGAUGGAACUACUAUGGUUUCAGCCCCUGAAUAUGUUGAGCUUCUCAUGAAUUGGAUUGAAACUCAGAUAGAUAACGAACACAUCUUUCCGAAAAAGACUGGAGAACCAUUCCCUCCAAACUUUGAGGAUUUCGUGAAGCGGAUUUUGAGAAAGUUGUUUCGUGUCUAUGCACACAUCUAUCAUUCUCACUUUCCUAAGAUUGUCACUCUCAAUGAACAAGCUCAUCUCAACACUUGCUUCCACCGUUACCUUCUCUUCGUAUCUGAGUUCCAGUUGGUUGAUAAAGAAGAAAUGGUUCCUAUUCAAAAGCUCGUGGAAACUAUUUUGAAACCAUAGAAAACUCUUCGUGUUUUCAGGGGGAAAAGGGAUUUUCAUAUAUCCACUAAUAACAUCCUGAUGAAGUUUAUGAUAUAUGUAAUAAUGACUUUGGCUUUUACAAAAUGACUUUGGC